CUCUUUCUCACUUCAUUUUUUUUUAAUUAUUAUAUUGCUUUAUUAUGUCAAUUCAACAAAAGAAAGCCUUACCACCUACACCAUCUACAAGUACAAAAUAUACAAAUGUAAAUAAUGCUAUUCAAUCUUUGUUGGAUGAUACCAGUUAUGAUACAUUAACAGAAAGAGAAAAGAAAUGGUACAAUGAUCUUUCAAAUUGUCAUAAAGCGUUAGAACAAAAAGAUUCCACUAUAAAUAAUUUAAAAAUGUUGGUCAUGGAAUGGAAAAAAAAGGCAGCAGAAUAUGAAAGCUCAUUCAAAGAAGUUCAACGAAAAUUAAAAGGUAUUUAGUAUCAUGUACUUUUUUAUUUAUUUAUUUUACUAAGUGUUAAAAAAUAGACCGUGAAAGAUUCUUAAUAAAUCAACAUAAAGCAGAAAUAGAGG